GUGCAGAAAGUGCAAAAGAACAGACUUUUAGGUGACGUUGCUCUGCUAUCGGAAUAGAAAGAAAUUAGAUAUGCCCAAUAAUACAUAUCUUUUAGCUUUCAUUUUCCAAUUAUUAAUAAGUGCAUCGUCGUGUUAAAAUGUUAUCAUUAGGAUGUCUAUUCUGUUACGGAGUGUCGCUGAUUAUACCCAUAAUAAUUCUGUUUUGUGUCAUAAUAUAUAUGACAAGCGAACGGUAUCCUAAAAUCUCGAGGGAUGAGAAUGAACAGUUCUUUUACAACUGUCGGACAAAGAGAAGGGAAGCGUUCCCUUCGCUACACGAUCCCUGGAGCGUACAUCUCAGUGUCAUUGUACCUGCUUACAAUGAAGAACAAAGACUGCCUCCAAUGUUGAACGAAUGUCUGGAGUAUUUGGAGGAACGUAGCAAGUCUGGCUUAACUUACGAAGUGAUAGUAGUCAGUGAUGGCAGUACUGAUAAGACUGCAGAGGUGGCACAUCGUUACGCAACAAAAAACAACGCUCUGAGAGUGUUAAACCUCAUGAAAAAUCGAGGGAAAGGUGGUGCUGUAAGACUGGGUAUGCUGAGUGCAAGAGGCAGCGCUUUACUGUUCGCAGAUGCAGACGGUGCUACCAAGUUUAACGAUUUAAAAAAGUUAGACGAAAGUCUGGUGAACGUUUUAGGAUUCGAUUACUUGAACGAACCCGAGAAAACUGCGUCGUCCGAUGCGAUAAUAUGCGGAUCGAGGGCGCAUUUGGAAAAGGAAGAAACCGCCAAACGGUCUUACUUCCGACUCUUUCUCAUGCACGGGUUUCAUUUCUUGGUCUGGCUGUUGUGCGUUAGGGGCAUCAGAGAUACGCAGUGUGGAUUCAAGCUCCUAACGAGAACAUCGGCGAGAACAAUAUUCGAGGCGCUGCACGUCGAACGCUGGGCAUUCGACGUGGAGAUGCUCUACAUCGGACAGACUCUCGGCAUUCCUGUGACAGAAAUAGCGGUAAACUGGACGGAGAUCGAGGGCUCCAAGAUAAUACCAUUUUGGAGCUGGCUGCAGAUGGGCAGGGAUCUUUUUUUCAUCUGGCUUAGAUACAGAAUCGGAGCUUGGAAGAUAAACAAACCUAAAAAGACGACUUAGUAUUAAUGCAUAAAAAAAUUCGUCGGAAGAUCUCGAUUGAUCUGUUUAUCCCCCCUUCUUUUGUAAAGACAUUUUUAAUAACGAAAUAUAUUAUGAACAUUAUAUACACAAAGAA